CGAGUGUUAGUUGAGUUCGGAAAGCAGUACUAGAAGGUAGUACAACUCCUCACCGGAUAAGGCUUUUGCUUUGACCAUGUGGCAGAUGGCGAAGAACAAUUAUUGUUGCUCAUUGAUGCACGAUUCGCAUUGCGUAACGUGAUUCGUGUGAGUUCUGAUUGCUGAAUAUUGUUGUGUUGAUUGAAGUUUACCGUCACCUGCUUAAGCCGAAUAUACCAAAUGAUCCGCGAAGUAGUGAAGGUGGCCGGGGGAAUUUCGAUCUAGAAUUUACUUCCAAUCGAUAUUGAAGCAGCCAACGCAACGGCGAAAAGGGUACACCACGCCGCAACGUUUUAAUUCAAUAAUCGCGUUCGGUUCGGUCGGGUGCUUAGUACAAGUUAUUGAAAGAGAGUGAAAAUGGACGUCCAAAGUGAGCCUUUGAAGGAGGAUUGCGAGAAAAAUGCGUCUGAAGAACCCUUCGAUUUGGAUGAGUUGCUACCGGCUAUAGGAGAAUUCGGACGUUAUCAAAAGCUGUUACUGUGGCUUAUCUGCCUCCCAGCCUGCAUUCCAUGUGGCUUUUGUGCCUUCAAUCAGUUAUUCAUGACCGACGCUCCGAAGGACUAUUGGUGCCAAAUACCAGAGCUACAGAACUAUACCGUGGAGGAGAGAAAACAAUAUGGUAUUCCAGUGAUCGAGCGCGAUGGCUUCCAGGAAUAUAGCAAAUGUGCCCGAUACGCAGUGGACUGGAGUGAUAUCCUGACCGGUGACGAUCUUGCGUUGGUUAUUCCCAACAGCACGUGGCCAGUGGAGCAUUGCCGCGAUGGCUGGGAAUACAACACGACCGAGGUGAAAUCAUCGAUAGUGAUUGAUUUCGACCUCGUCUGCGAGUAUGAUAUCUAUCCCACAUUGGGCUUGGUAGCACUCAACACGGGUGGACCGGUCGGAGUGUACCUUUUCGGACUACUGAACGAUCGCGCUGGUCGACGGACGUCGUAUUUUUGUUGUCUGGCAACACUGCUGCUGGGCAGUUUCAUUACAGCCGCCAGCAGUGAUUUCGGAAUGUGGGCUUUCAGUCGUGUCAUCGUGGGCUUGACAAUCCCUGCUGUUUAUCAGAUUCCUUUCAUCAUAGCACUGGAGCUAGUGGGACCGGGCUAUCGGUCGUUCGUCACUGUGAUGACCUGUACGUUCUACACAUUCGGUUUAAUGAUGUUGGCAGGAGUCACUUACCUGAUUAGAGAUUGGGUUAAAUUGACUCUUUACACUUCGGUUCCGUUUCUUGUGUACUUUUUAUAUUUAAUCGUAAUGCCGGAGUCACCUCGCUGGCUUCUCAUGAAGGGAAGGCUGGAGGAAGCAUUGACGAUUCUAGAAAAAAUGGCUAGAGUGAAUGGGAAACAGUUCCCGGCUGCAUUUAAGAACAAACUCGAGGAACGAGUACUGAUGGAGAAACAUAGAACCGUGAAAAAGGAGGAAGUUUCGAUCGGAGCGUUCGACCUUUGUCGGACGCCUAACAUGAGGUUAAAGACUAUUCUGAUCACGUUGAAUUGGUUCGUUAACGAAACGGUUUAUCUAGGCCUAAGCUACUAUGGUCCCUCAUUGGGAGAGAACCAGUAUUUGAGCUUCUUUCUGUCGUCUCUGGUGGAAAUUCCUAGCUACGUGAUAUGUUGGAUCGCCAUGGAUCGUUGGGGCCGACGUUGGCCAAUGUGCAUGCUUAUGAUUCUGGGGGGUAUUAGUUGUGUUGCCACGGUGAUACUGCCAGAAGAUGCUGUUACAGAAACCCUAGUUCUAUAUCUUCUAUCGAAAUCAAUGAUCUCGGCUUCCUUCCUCAUUAUUUAUCCUUUUGCCGGAGAACUAUAUCCUACACAGGUGCGUGGAGUUGGAAUCGGAACCUCUAGCUACAUUGGAGGACUGGGAUUGAUUGUGAUACCUUUUAUCACUUAUUUGGGAAAAGAAAACCUCAUUUUACCACUAGUGAUCAUGGGCUGCGUUUCAGUAGCUGGUGGAUUCACCGGAUUGCGUCUACCGGAGACGCUUCAUCAACGCUUGCCGCAAACGCUCGAGGAUGGCGAGAUCUUUGGUAAGGAUUGGACCUUUGACGAUUGCUUCCGGUGUGUACCGACGAAAAAAUCACCAGCCAACUCGUACGAAAGCCUCUCGCAUAACGCGUCUGAUACGGCACUGGAGUUGAACUCUGGCAUGCCGAUCAAUGCGGGUACGCACGAUCCGGCAGCUACCACCGAAAAGACUCCGCUGGAGAUUGCUCGACUGAGAAGGCAGUCCAUGCGGCGGUUAGUACGUCAGGCCAGCACGGUCGAUACGCAGAAAACUGCCGAUGGAACGAUUCAGUUGACAUACUGGUUCUAAGGACAUAGAGUCGGAAGGAUGUGUGACGGGCGGAAUAAAACAAACACAGGAAUUUUUGAACAUAUUUUAACAAUAAAGAAAUACGUAUAUGUAUAUUUCGGUAUCUCUGAUUUCUUAAAAUCGUAGUGUGCUCUGACAACAUUCACUUGUUUAAAUUAAAUUUCCAUCUUCUAGUUUAACACAUAUGUUAUGAGAAUUUUUAUGUUUGCAAUUGUCAUGUAUCUUGAGUUCACGCUCGGAUUUCUUUUAAAACUAAUGUGUUGUAACGUAUUUGAACUUCGCAAUGGUAUUCAAGAAGAUAUUCUAAAGUUUGUUUCGCUGAAUGCUUUCGAACAGAUCUCGCUGUUCAGUUUAAAAAAUUUGUUUCUGAUGUUUUGAAAAGAAAGUAAAUAAAAAUAAAGCUUAUACUAUUUAACAUAAUUUGUUCGUACGCGUUGAAGCGAUUGAUCAUCAGGGUAUAACACGUUUCUGUUAAGGAUAUUGUAUAGGCAUUUUCAGGAUAUGUUUUCUGAUGGUUUCAUAGUAUAGUUUACUUAUAGAACAGUUUGCCUCAGCUAACGGUAAAUCGGAGGAUCGAACAGAAAACCAGUGGCUUUUAACGUACGCUUCCUCAUCUACUUUGUACUAAUGCAUCAAAUUACAUUCCAUUCAUGAAUGACUCGCUUGGUGUUAAGUUAUAGAUAAAUGUGAAUAUUCAGAAAUCAUGAUAUUCAGAAAGCUAUGAUAUUAGUCACGGAAAUUUGUUGAUUGGAAACAAGUGAUUUAGGUACGAUUUCUAGAUAGGCUGGAGUGCAACUAGCCCCUUUCAUUACAUGGCUUAUUGUUGUUCAUCGUAAAUUCGAUCAGAUUAGUGUAUUCCCAAAUGAGAUUGGACGGUGAGGGGUUGCUUUUUAAUUCUUUAAAUUUCAUACAGUCAAUUGUAAUAAGGUUUAGAAGACAUCAAUUUAAAAAAAAUACUGUCUUCGCAUUAUUCAAUGUAUGUUGAACAUGAUUGGCGAGCAAUACUAUAAUUUUUUGCAUGAGUUACUCUUGCGCUAGUUUACAAUUAUAGGUUAGAAAUUUCAUUCGAUUGGCCGUUCUGUGAUACACAAAAAUGUUAAAUUUUAAGUAUUAGCUUAAGUAAAUAGUUGAAAACUCGAACUAGUUUGUCAAGUCAUCUGUGUAUCAUAUACGUAGAAUUUUUCCGUGUAAAUAGCCGAUUGUUAGUUUUUAGUAAUAAACAUUAUGCAUAGAAUGAAUUUCAUUAUGUAUUGUAAUUCACUUUAAUUAAAUGACGCAAUCACAGAAUAAUUAGUCCAGGACAACAUAAAAAUGUGAAACCGAAUUUCUAUCAAUACAUCACAAAUGCUACCUACAUCAAAAAGGAAACUGUUAUCACUGUAGAUUGGGUUACCAUAAACAACUGAUCAUUUCAUGAUAAACUAAAUGUUUGUUUUUCUCGAA